AAGACGACGAGGAGGGGCACUCGAAACAGACGUAUAUAGAGGUUUUCUAGCCGUGUCGCUCAGUCAUAACACCUUCAGCCCUCGUCCAACGUGUUGUUUUUCGUAUCGAUUUGAAUUUGAUUAUUCGAGUUCGAUAAGAUGGGGAUCGUUCCCACCUUCAUCAUUCUCGUUUGCUUAUUCGCAUUCGGCAGAAGUGCCAUCGAAUCCCCGGAAUCGAAAUCAACUACAAAACUGCCGUUAAACAGCCCCUCGAUCGGGGAUAAUGACAAAGAUUUAAUCACUUCUGCCAGCGAUCGAAUUUCGUUGAUUCCAGCGUUUCACAUUAGCAAAGAAUACGGGCAACCUGGAGGGUAUGGAGGAAGUGGCCCAUAUGGAAGUUACCUUGGUCUUAGCGGUUCGAUUUAUGGCCCUGGCACUGCGUAUCGUGGAACAAGCUGGAGCCCAGGAUACCUAAAUCCGAGCUAUGGAGGUUAUUCAGCGGGUGGCUAUCCAGGUGGAAUUAUUGGGGGAGGCCAUAUAGGAUAUGGCUAUUAUGGAAAUCCUGGAUACAGCAGUGGUUAUGGUGGUUACGGUGGAUACAGUGGAUACGGUGGAUACAACAGUGGAUAUGGAAGCACAUUAGGCUAUGGCGGUUAUGGCAGUGGGUAUGCACCCGGUGGUUAUAGCGUCUACAGUGAUGGAUAUCUUGGUUACGGAAGAGGUAACUACGGAUACGGAAGGGAUAUAGGAUAUAACGGGUAUGGAACAGGGUAUAACGGGUAUGGAGGAUCAAGUUAUGGAUCAUCGUACAAUUUGAGAAGUAACUACGAUCCGUAUGGAUAUCGUAACACCAAUUAUGGAAAUUAUGCCGGUUACCCAUCCGGUUACAGAGGUUAUUCUUAAAGUUUAUCUUUGAGAAUUGAACGAGAGUGAAUUGUAAUAUUUUUUUUUACAAUAUUUUUUUUCAUCGUUUUUUUCGUCGUUUCAAGGAAGACAUUGCAAGAAGACAUAACAACAGUAUUUGCCAAUACCAGUUUAACUAUAUAUAUAUAUAUUAGUUUAUUAAUCUUUUAAUUAACUUAAUAGAUUGUAAUUUUGUAUUCGUAUCAAUAAUUUUAUGUAAUUUAUAUGUAUAUUAAUUAAUAAUGAUGAAUAAAAUUAUGAUUCGUUUAGAGUUAUGAGAAGUGCAGAAGGGUUUCUAUUUUAGAAUUAAUUGUGUUUGAAUUAAGUUGUGUGUUUAAAGAAGAUCUAAAAUGUUUCAUGAUUAGUUUUAUUUCAUAAAAAAAAAUACAUGAUUCAUGCUUAUAAGGAACAUUGGAUGAACGCAACAUCAAUAUGUACAAUUAUAUAUAAUUUAUUAAAAAUUUCAUCGGCCUCUAUACUACAGAAAAAGAUACAUAUUACGUAUCUUAUAUCCAAUGUACAAAUAUAAUUAUUUCUUUAAAAUAUCGAGCAUGUACAGUUAAAUAUUAAUUCAAAUUUUAUAAAGUAUACCUAUAAUUUGGAAAAUGUGUUUGAAAUUUCUCCAACCAUGAACCAUUAUUCUGUACGUGCUCAAUAGAACGUAUUAGCACUUGUAUAAUCAAUAUUUAAUCUCAAGCGUACAUUAAGCAUGAGAGCGCAAUGGAUGAUUUCAUUUCUCACGACAUUCGCAUAAUUUUGAAUCUAAAAACAAAUUUCUAUAAUUAAUUUAUAUCAAUUUUCACAUAAUGCUCUCAACAUCGAGGGAAACGAAAUGGUAUUCUUGAAAUUAAAUACUAAGCAAUAUAAUAAUUAAAAAAUAAACUAAAUAUAUAUAUAUAUUUUUUUGUAUUAUUAUAGCUACUAAAAAAAAGAUUUACGAAAACAUUUAAAUUCAACAUGAUACAAAUUUUGUAUAAAUGUUACCAUGAUAAAAAAUGUAUAAAAUGAUACUAAUACUUUUCCUUGCAUUAACUUUAAGAUUAUUAUGAUUGUCGUAUUCAUUUUUGCUAACACGAAAUAUAAAUUUUAAUUCAAUGUAGAAUAUUAUUAAUGAUUUAGUGCUUACAAAAACCAUACCAGAAUUAUGAGAAAAAGAAACAUUCAACGUUUUACCAAUUACCAAAUAAUAUCCAAGUUAAAGCAGAGAAAAGUAAAGAACAGUCAUGCUCUAAUCGGCACAUUAUCUUUGGAUAAUCACAAUCGAGCGUUCUAAAAAAAAAACUGUUACUAUAAUAAGUUUCAAAUCCCUGAGUUCUAAA